CGCUGUCUGCCUGUCGGUCGUAGGGGAACUUCACGGGUGUGGCGAACGUGGUAAAUCUCUUCGCAGGGAAAGAAUGCGGAUCGGCAACUCGGAUUAAAGCAAUAUAUAAAUAUUUUUUUGUAGAAAAAAUAGAAAUAUUCACAGACAAGUGUGGUAUGCAUCCGGUAGCGUAACUGGCAGCAGGAAUCUGUGUGCUCGGUUUUCCACAGCUGGAAUACUUUUUUUUUCUAACUUCGCGGUAAUUUUUCGGGCGUUUAACCUGCUCUGAUGAAAUACCGUAGAGAGCAGCUAAAAGUCAACGAAAAAAGUUGCUAAGCCUUUUUUUUUCAGGCAGCGUUACCCACGUUAAAAAUCUUCCAAAUGCGGACAAACUAAAUAACAAACGUGCGUAUCUUUGGGAAAUUCAUACGUUAGUUAGAAAACCGAGUUCAUUUGGGAAAUAAUUUGUCUUUUUUAAUGAUUUUGGUCCCUUCUAGCGGAUGAACGGUCUCCGUUACGUUUUUCGCCACUCAUCAAAAAAGGGAACUCGCCUCGCUUAACUUCAGCCCUUGUUUUUAAGAAAAGGGGGUCAGCCGUUAGUUGUUGUUUUUUUUUCCCAGGUGUUAUUUUCCCACUAAGCAGCAGACCUGAAGCGUGCACUGGGAACCAUGGGUUGUACUGUGAGUCAGGAAGAUAAGUUGGCGGCCGAGAGAUCUAAAAUGAUAGAUAAAAACCUGAGAGAAGAUGGAGAGAAGGCGGCAAGAGAAGUGAAACUGCUCCUGCUCGGUGCUGGGGAGUCGGGGAAGAGCACCAUUGUGAAGCAGAUGAAGAUUAUUCACGAGGAUGGAUACUCAGAAGAUGAGUGUAGGCAGUACAGAGCGGUCGUCUACAGCAACACAAUCCAGUCCAUUAUGGCUAUCAUCAAAGCCAUGGCCAACCUCAAGGUUGACUAUGAGGAGUCUGCCAGAGCGGAUGAUGCUCGCCAACUUUUUGCGCUGUCAGGAGCGGCAGAAGAGCAGGGCACCCUGCCAGAGGACCUGUCCAACAUCAUCCAACGACUGUGGGCUGAUGGCGGUGUCCAGAGCUGCUUCACACGGGCCCGAGAGUACCAGCUAAACGACUCUGCAGCCUACUACCUUAAUGACCUGGAGAGGAUAGCCAAGCCAGACUACAUCCCCACACAACAAGAUGUGCUGCGGACUCGAGUCAAGACCACAGGCAUUGUGGAAACACAUUUCACCUUCAAGGACCUGCACUUCAAGAUGUUUGAUGUUGGAGGCCAGCGGUCAGAAAGGAAGAAGUGGAUCCACUGCUUUGAGGGAGUCACAGCCAUCAUCUUCUGUGUAGCCAUGAGUGCUUAUGAUCUGGUCCUAGCUGAGGAUGAAGAGAUGAACCGGAUGCAUGAAAGCAUGAAGCUCUUUGACUCAAUCUGCAACAACAAGUGGUUCACAGAGACGUCCAUCAUCCUGUUCCUCAACAAGAAGGACCUGUUUCAGGAGAAGAUUGCUCACAGCCCUUUGACCAUCUGCUUCCCUGAGUACACUGGCCCCAACACGUACGAGGAGGCCCAGACUUACAUCCAGACCAAAUUUGAGGAUCUGAACAAGAAGAAGGACACCAAGGAAAUCUACACCCACUUCACCUGCGCCACUGACACCAAGAACGUGCAGUUUGUGUUUGAUGCCGUCACCGAUGUCAUCAUCAAGAACAACCUGAAGGACUGUGGCCUUUUCUGAAAAUCAGUCUGAGAGUCGAGGAUUACUUGAACCGCUCUGACCAUAGCGAUGGGGGAUUAUACACGGAUCAUGAAUGACUGCACUGGCCAACCACGAUUUAUGCUUUGAUCUGCUUUUUAAAAAGACACCUAAGAGACUGAAAACCCGACGAGCCUUGCAGAUUUUCAACAAUUGCUGAUCCAGUUGCUCGUGUUAUUAACUCUUUUGGCUAUGACCACAAAAAUCAACAUCUAUUUUAUUUUUUUUCUUUAUUUUCAAUUGCUAAAGGAGGGGAAGUGUUUUCUUUUGCAUAUAUAUAUAUAUAUAUAUAUAUAUAUAUGCAUUCAUUUUACUUUUAGAAAUUCCAAUGUGCAAAUUAUUAACCUUUUAAUCACAUGAUGCUUAUUUUUUAAGAGCUGAAGCACAGGCAUGGACAUAAAAUAUGAUUCAUAAAAAAGUGCUUUUGUUAUAAUGUUUACAUCAGUUCAUCAUUCAUAGCAAAAAGUAUAUAUUCUGCAUGACUCAACUUGGCAAAUAUUAGCUCUGUAAUCCACACAAAGUAUGUAACAUUCCAACAAAAACAAAAAAAAAUAGGAAAAAAAAUUAAAAAGCUAAAAAAGAAAAAAUGGCUUCACCUGCUGGGGGGGAAAUUGUGGCUCAAUUCUAAACAAUAUUUAAAGUAUAUGUGUACCUAACAUUCUUUCACUUUUAUAGUAUCAUUUCCAUGUCUGUUGCAGUAUAUUUGUGCCUUGACUUCUGUUUACAACCAUUUCUUAGAAAUGCUUUCAGAACUGUUUGACCUACUGUGCUCUGCUGCCUAGAAUCUCUGAGUAGUAUUGUGAUUGUUAAUGAGAGACAAAAAUCUAAUUCCGUAAAGAGGUUAGUGUUUUUGGUAAAUAAUAAAAUGCUUUAAAAAUUCCUUUAUGAUUUAAUUUAAAUAAAAGUAGACAUCACCAGACUCGGUAUAUUGGGGUUUCCUGUCUGUUGUGUUACAUUAAUAUUGCUGCCAGUUCAUGUUUCAGGUGAUAACUGAAUAAAAUGUUCACUGAGAGCUUUGA